CGCAUGCGCACGAGCCGUACAGGAAGUAAACAGUGAUUCACCUUCCGCUGGCGCGGCUAAAUCGGAUAGCGGGAAACGAUUAAGCAUCAAUUCCUUCUGUGCCACCUUUAAAUAUCAUGGAGGCAAUCAAAGAGUCACAUUCCUCCAAGAAAAGGAGUCUUGACUGUCCUCCUACUCCUGUCAAUAUCAGCACUCCAGUGAAAAAGAAGAAAAAAGAAAAAGAGAUUGUUUCUCCUUCUGAUGUAUCGUCAAACUACAAGAAAAAGAGUAAAAAGAAAAGGAGGGCGGAAGAAGAGGGCUUCAAUCCUUUAUCUGAUUCUGAUGAAGUGAUAGACAGCCACAAAAAGAAGAGGAUGAAGGAGGUCAGCAUCACGUACCCUGGUGAUGAACAGAUGGGCAAAAAAAAGAAGAAAAAGAAUUUAACAGGCAACUCAGAGAACGAAAGGAGUGAGGCGGAGACAGGAAAAAGCAGAAACGACACAGAAAUACUAAACCAGGAGGAGGCUGUCGAGGCAACGGUCAGCAAGCAUAAAGACUCCAGCAUCAUCACUGCAGGCAACAACUCGAAGAAAAGGAAGAAGAAGAAGAAAGAUGGAUCUGAUGUAGAGGGAAGUUCACAGGAAGGGGAGGCUCCUAAACACAGGAAGACAAAACAGGCUAGCAUUGCCAUGGCAACAGAACGUGUAAACAGUGAGACAGAUGUGGCCGUUUCUCUGGAAACAAGUGUCAGCAGCUCAUCCCAGAAAAAAGAUGGAAACGGAGGGAAAUCUGAGAAAGAAGAGGCUGCUGAAGAAGAGACGAAGAGUGAACAAAGCAGUUCAAGAAAUCAACGUUUAUCCUCGACAAAGGAGUUGGACUUGAUCCGUGAGCUGGAAGAGUUUGUCCCAGAUGUCAGAAAUAAAUCUGCCCAUGAAAUCAUGAAAUUGGUUCGUUACGAUCUCCGUCGCUUUAAGGACUUCAAACGGCAAGGUGUGCCCCUUCGCUGUGGACGAUACACUGAUUGGGAGAAUCGUCAAAUUCACAAAAACAUUGCAGACUUUGCGGCUCUGACGGACAUCGGCUCAGCCGAACAGGUUCUGUUCCCUCAAAGGUUUAAAGAACAAGCAGCAGAGAUUCGGAGGCUGAAAAUCCAACAUCAUUUUUUACAGAGAAUUGCGGAGGGCAUCCCUCGGCCUUGCCAUCAAGUCUACACGCGAGCAAAGAAGAUCUUUGACAACCGGAACCACAUGGGAAGGUUCUCUGAGGAUGAGCUCAAGUCUCUCAAGAAGCUUCACCAACUCCAUGGCAACGACUGGAAAACAAUGUCGGACAAGAUGGACCGCAGCGUCUAUGCACUGCAGAAACGCUUUGUCUGUCUUGCUCCUGUGCAUGGCCCGUGGAGUAAGAGUGAAGAGUCCAGGCUGAAACAGGCUGUCCGAGAUCACUUGGAGACUGUGUUCAAGGAGAGCUUAAAGUCUGGUCUGACUAUGGACCAGCUUUGUAACAACCUCCCAUGGAAGACGAUCAGCCAGAAGGUUGAGACCAGACACUGGAACCAGUGUCGUCUGAAGUGGUUUAGCCUUUUGGAGAAAAUGACAAAUGGUGGAUUCCCCAGAGGACCUGAGGGUUAUCAAACCAAAAUCCUCAUUAUAAACACAUUGUUCUCCAUGUCUGUGGACGACCAAGCAGACAUCGAGUGGGACGAGGUGGCUCAUGCUGUUGGCAAUGUAACCCCCAUGGGCGUGCAGAGGAUUUUCCACAGACUGAAGGUUACCAAAGUCCCAAACUGGAGCAGAAUGUCGUAUGGAGACAUCAUCGCCUUCCUGCAUUACCACACGGUCCCGGCUCUGCAGAAGAGGCUGAGCUCCUGCAGGACGGCGCCAGACUCCCAGGGUCUGCAGGCAGAGGUCACGUACGGGCUGUCCGACAUCCUAAGCACGGACGAGGAUUUCGAGGUGGACAACAGCUAACCCCCAGCCGAUCAGGACUUGUGCAGUUCUUUGCGAGAUAACUGAACCUUUUUUCAGACAUUGUCCUCACAUUUUUACUUAUCAGUAGUAUUUUUACUAUGAUCAACUACAGUAAAACUGCUAAUCAGUUUGAGGUGCUUGGAAGUCAAAGGACCUGGAGCCACGGUCAUAAAAUGUAUCGUCUCUGAUGUCAAUCAUCCAUGAGGCUCUCCUGUCAAAUAAAGACCACCUGAAAGAUCCUCAGGCGGGGUUACGGAAAAGGGGAUGCUGGGUACUGUAGUUCACUUGUGGGUGAUGGCCUGCAGGCUGCUUGUCCUCUUCAUGAUGUUUGGGACAAAGAGGAGCCCAGAAGCUCUUUCGAUGGUUUCUAUGGGAACCAGGAAAGUCUCUAGAGGGAUCUGUUCAUCAACCGGUUCGUUUGGUAAAACGUAGGACCGUAGCUCCACCCCCCUCCCGUCUGCCUGCUCCAGGAUCAGCACCUGUGGAGACAGUGGACAGCUGACGCGACUGUCUUUAACAUUUUAUUCACAAACAUUCAAUACUAAAAACAAUCAUUUCCCAGGAACAGAAAACAGAAAAAAAAAGAAGCACAUUUGUCAAACAGAUUGUGACAAACCGGGGUCACUACAUGAGAACAGUAUUUUAACUGCAAUCAGUCACACAUUGAUUGAGACGACGAGCAAAGCUGAUGGUUACAGCUUCAGUCUUUCAGCUGGUUGGUUUUUUUAAACGUUACGUGGCUGUCACGACUCACGACGAGGCGAGUGUUUGUGUUCAAGGUUCAGGAAACAAGAGCCUCCAUGACGGUCCUGAUCCUCAGGAUCUACCACUCUGCUGUUUGCCUGAUUUAAAAGUUCAAAUCAGCCCCAAACAGAAUGGUAGACUUUGAGGAUCAGGAUUUCUAGUUUUGAGAAGGUUUGAGACUUUUGUUUUUUAAAUAUCAAGUUAAAUCAACUGUAAAACUUUUCCCACUGAGAAUAAAUGUCUGGUUGGUCUAGAAUCCAUAAGUUUGUGAAUCCACGUACGCCGUUUAUGAAUAAAAUGACAGUGUGAUUUGCUGAGGCCAUACUUAAAACCUCACUCGGUCUUUUUAUCUUAUUUCAAAAAGUUCUCUUUGGUCUCUAGAUUUUUGUGGGGCGGCCGUGGUGCAGCGGUCGACCUCUGAUUGGAAUAUUGCAGUUUUGAUUCCUGCUAUGCCCGCCCAUAAGUCAAAGUGUUCAGGACACUGAAGCCCACCUUGGCUCUGGGGGAAGGUUGGCGCCAGUGUUCAGCAGCGGAUCAGUGUGUGAAUGUGUGUGUGUGAAUGUGUGUGUGACUGUAAAGCGCUUUGGGCCUUCAAGGAAGGUAAAAAACCGCUACACAAGUGUACGCCAUCAUUCAUGGUUAUGCCAUUUUUUUUUACCAAAACCAAAGAACAUAGUUUAUGCUGAGCGGCAGUCCCAUCCACUGAGUUGUGGACAAGCAACCCUCCCUCCCCCUCCCUCCCUGUUGCUGAGAGCUCUCUGUUGACAAGCGCUCCUGCUAGCUUACAGCCUUUCGCAACCCCAAACUAACAUUACCAGUGCAACAAAAAUGGCGAGCAAUAUUGGAGCUAUCCAGCCGUUCAGAUCCAGAUUCCAGCUCAGACGGGGAAAACAGACGUUCAUGGAUCUGUUUGUCUGACAGUGGAUGCAUCAGAAUGGAGCGGAGCAGAGAGCGUGUGGCCCAUCCAGUGGAUUUUCUACAUCACAAAAACUCUUUUCAAAAGACAUUUUUUCAUCUGCUUCUGAUUCACGAUUUGAAUAAAUAAGAACACUAAAAACAAUGGUUUCACCGGCGUGGGUGUUGUUGUUCUGGCAGACAAUGCAACUGGAUCCAGAAAGACUUCCACAUUUUGUUUUUAACUGAACAGAUCAUUUAGUGAUUUAAAUGAAGUAAAAUUGAGGAUUUAAAUGGAUUUACGUUUAUUAUAACUGCAUACAACACAUUUUGGACGGACCUUCUCAAAUGUAAAUCCAUUACAUAUUGUUGUUUAGUUUGUGCAUUUAUGAAAUUAAAGAUGUUUUGAAUGUGUA